AUGAAAUUAACAAAAUUUUUUUCUUCAGCUACUCCAAGUAAACUCAAACCAACACAUCAAUCUAUAAAUAAUAAUAAACAAUAUUUCUACUCUUCACCAAAUACUUCCUCACAAUCAUUAUCAUUUGACGAAGAUUUAGAUGACAAUUUGUUUUAUAAAACUUUGAAAAAAGAUUAUCAAAAAAUAUUUCAUAAAGUUUCAAUAAUUUGUGUCCCACACUCUAAAAGCAUUCUAGGUUUAAGAAUGUCUAAAAAUUUCAUUGAGUCACAUUCUUUUAUUCCAUCGCCAUAUUUUCAGGGCCAAUUUCAAAGUAUUAAUGAUAAAGUAAUGAUAAUAGAAAAUAAUCAUGUAAAAACAUUAAAAGGGUUCAAAGAAGAAAGAAUAAUUAGAAUAUUGAGUGAUGAAUUAGUUUAUAAUGAAGCAUAUAAAUCAGUUCAAGUCCUAGUUUUGGAAAUGCCUUUAGAAGAAAGAAAUCAUGAAAUGGAUCUACAAUUCUUGAAAAAUAUAUUAUCAUCAUCACAUAAUGACUCUUCAAUAAAAAGUAUGGAGGAUAUGGUGGAAGAGUUUAAAGAAACUUACGUGUAUGUUAGAGGUUAUGCUGGGUUUACUGUAGAUAAAAUUUCCCAGAUUUUUCAAAAAUCUGUUCUGAGUUUUCUGGAAUCCAACGAAACAUUGAGAUUAAUUUGUCAAUUACCACAUGAACAUGAUUAUUUCCUAGAACUAGUAGAAAAGUAA